CCUCCCUUAGCUUUCUCUCUCUACUUUCUCUCUCCUCCGAAGUCCUCAAGAAUUCAACCAUCGUAUCCAUGAAAGCUCCAGUCCCUCAUACGAAUUUUGCUUUUUCACGUGGGUUUUAACGUUCAAGUCCUUCCAUGGAGGGGGAUUCAAUGCAAUUGGAUAGCAUGGAUGGUGUUGAAAAUGAAUCUGCCAAGCAUUUCCCGCCUCCAUGUUCUUCUGAUAUAGGUGAUAGCUUUGGAGAUCCACAGGUACAUCCUCGAGUUGGAGAAGAGUACCAGGCGAAAAUUCCACCUCUAAUAGAAGAAUACACUCACUUGCAGCUUACAUUGAAGUCAGCUGAAACAGAGGUCAAAGAUGAUGUUUCAGACUCUUUUCUAUUAGGAUUACCCAUCCCAGUCAUAUGGCCCCAUGAUGAAGCUGAAAACACCAAACAGCAUGCAUUGGAAUUCUGUGGUAGUCAAGCUGAUGCAGUUCAUAUAAAUGGGAAUUCAGAAUUUGUAAAGAGUGUAGAAAGCCAAAUCACCUCACACAGCCUGGAUGCAGAAGUGUUUAUUGAUCGUCUGGAUACCAUAUUACAUGAGAAGAAGAUGUGCUAA